GGGCAAUUUUGAAUUCAGACGAGUUUACGGUUUGCUGGGGCGUUUGGUUGCUGUCGCAUCUGGACCCAGACGUCAGAAUGUCCUUUCCUAAGGCGCCCCUGAAAAGAUUCAAUGACCCUUCAGGUUGUGCUCCAUCUCCAGGUGCUUAUGAUGUUAAAACUUCAGAAGCAACUAAAGGACCAGUGUCUUUUCAGAAAUCACAAAGAUUUAAAAACCAAAGAGAAUCUCAACAAAAUCUUAACAUUGACAAAGAUGCGACCUUACUUGCUUCAGCUAAAAAAUCAAAGACAUUGGUGUCAAAGAAAGAGUCUCAGAAGAAUGAUAAAGAUGUGAAGAGAUUAGAAAAAGAGAUUCGUGUUCUUUUGCAAGAGCGUGGGACUCAGGACAAACGGAUCCAGGACAUGGAAUCUGAGUUGGAGAAGACAGAAGCAAAACUAAAUGCAGCAGUCAGAGAGAAAACAUCUCUUUCUUCGAGUAAUGCUUCACUGGAAAAACGGCUUACAGAGCUAACCAGAGCCAAUGAGCUCCUAAAGUCUAAGUUUUCUGAAGAUGGUCACCAAAAGAAUAUGAGAACUCUAAGCCAGGAAUUGAUGAAACUCAGAAGUAAGAGAGAGGCAAAGAUGAGGACUAUGAUGGCUAAGCAGGAAGGCAUGGAGCUGAAGCUGCAGGCCACUCAGAAGGACCUCGCUGAGUCUCAGGGGAAAAUAGUCCAGCUGGAGGGAAAACUUGUUUCAAUAGAGAAAGAAAAGAUUGAUGAAAAAUCUGAAAUGGAAAAACUCUUAGAAUACAUAGAAGAAAUUAGCUGUGCAUCUGAUCAAGUGGAAAAGUACAAACUAGAUAUUGCCCAGUUAGAAGAAGAUUUGAAAGAGAAAGAUCGUGAGAUUUUAAGUCUUAAGCAAUCUUUUGAGGAAAACAUUACAUUUUCUAAGAAAAUAGAAGACCUGACUGUUAAAUGCCAGCUGCUUGAAACAGAAAGAGACAAUCUUGUCAGCGAAGAUAGAGAAAGGGCUGAAAGCCUCAGUGCUGAGAUACAGAUUCUAACAGAGAAGCUGGUUCUGGAAAGGCAAGAAUAUGAAAAGCUGCAACAAAAAGAAUUGCAAAGCCAGUCACUGCUGCAGCAAGAGAAGGACCUGUCUGCUCGUCUUCAGCAGCAGCUCUGCGCUUUCCAAGAGGAAAUGACUUCUGAGAAGAAUGUCUUCCAAGAAGAGCUAAAGCUCGCCCUGGCUGAGUUGGAUGUGGUCCAGCAGAAGGAGGAGCAGAGUGAAAGGCUGGUUAAACAGCUGGAAGAGGAAACGAAGUCAACUGCGGAGCAACUGAGGCGGCUACAGGACCUGCUGAGAGAGAAAGAAGUUGAACUGGAGAAAAGUACUGCUGCUCACACCCAAGCCACCUUGAUUGUGCAAGAGAAGUAUAAUGACACAGUGCAGAAUCUGAGAGAUGUCACUGCUCAGUUGGAAAGCUAUAAGUCAUCAACACUUCAAGAAAUAGAAGAUCUUAAACUGGAAAAUUUGACUCUACAAGAAAAAGUAGCUAUGGCUGAAAAAAGUGUAGAAGAUGUUCAACAACAGAUACUGACAGCUGAGAGCUCAAAUCAAGAAUAUGCAAAGAUGGUUCAAGAUUUACAGACCAGAUCAACAUUGAAAGAAGCAGAAAUUAAAGAAAUCACAUCUUCAUUUCUUGAUAAAAUAACUGAUUUGCAAAAUCAGCUCAGACAACAAGAUGAAGACUUAAGGAAGAGGCUGGAAGAGGAAGGAGAAAGAAUAACAGAGAAAGAAAAUGCAGUGACAGAAUUAACCAUGGAAAUUAAUAAAUGGCGCCUCCUAUAUGAAGAAUUAUAUGACAAAACUAAACCUUUCCAGCAACAACUGGAUGCCUUUGAAGCAGAAAAGCAGGCAUUGUUGAAUGAACAUGGUGCAACUCAGGAACAGCUAAAUAAAAUCAGAGACUCAUAUGCACAGCUCCUGGGACACCAGAAUCUAAAGCAAAAAAUCAAACAUGUUGUGAAAUUGAAAGAUGAAAAUAGCCAACUCAAAUCGGAGGUGUCAAAACUCCGAUCCCAGCUUGCUAAAAGGAAACAAAAUGAGCUCAGACUUCAGAGAGAAUUGGAUAAAGCUCUGGGCAUCAGGCACUUUGACCCUUCCAAGGCUUUUUGUCAUGAAUCUAAGGAGAAUUCGGCCCUCAAGACUCCAUUAAAAGAAGGCAACCCAAACUGCUGCUAAGUUCAGAUGCAACUUCAAGGAUCGUGGAAGUAAACAUCUGAAAUACUUGUUGAAGAUUAUUUUUUUCAUUAUUCUUGAUAUUAUGUUUAUAGUAUAUAUUAUAUAAUGUAUUUAAUUUCUCUUGCCUAUUCUUAGGUAUAUGAAAUGGUAAUUGAGCAUUUGUUAUCAAGAUGCCUCUUGACAUUUUAUUUUCCAUUAUGUCUCCUUGAUCUUCACCUGCAUCACCUCAUCCUGAACCCUUUGUUUGCUUGGCUGUAUGCGUUGCACUACCAUCAAACUGGCUUUUUAAGAUCAGUAUUAAAAUCCCCCCCCCCAUUCUGUAUUCCCUCAGUGUUUUUAGCUUACCUCCUUUCUGUUGCAGUAAAGAGUGGAAAGGCUGAAGCCCUUUGGCUUGGUCUUGUCUGCCUUGAUUACUGAUCAUGCUCACUCUGCUCUCUGCAAUCCCUCUCCUUUUCACCUCAACCAGAAAUAAGGGAACCCUGAUCUCUACAGUAACCUUGGGUUUUCUUUCUUUCUUUUUUAAUCAAAGUUGCUAAAUUAUUUAUUUCCAGAUUCCUUGGCACUAACGUAGUUUGUCCUAUAAACCUACACUUUUUUAAAGAUUAGCCUAUUCAUUUUUCAGACACACUAGAAACCUGGAUUCCCACCACCCUCCCCCACCACCACCCCCUUGAUCUGAGACUGGGUUUCUUGGUGCAGCCCUGGCUGUCCUAGAACUCCCUCCUUUGACUAGACUGGCCUUGAACUCAAAUCUACUGGCUUAUAUCUCCCAAUUUCUAGUAUUAAAGGCAAAGAUCACAUGCCCAGGCUCUCAAGCAAAUCUGAAGGACUUUACAUGUAAGAUUUCUAGAGAAUUUGUCAUCUGCAUAUCUUCUGAAUGUGAUUGUAAUAUAAAAUAAAAUCAUAUAGAAGCUCA